AUGGCUAUUUUCAACACAAAGACCAAGAUUAUUACAAUUAUGCCUCCUGCACUCAAGCUCGAAAAUGAGCAGAAUCGAGUGCAGUGCUCUUCCCCCGAACACUCAUCGACAACAAUCGAAAAUGCCCAAAUUUCAACAUACGACGGUCAAUCGACCGCGAAACUCGUUUCCGUGCUCAGCGAGCUUGAAGCGCUCCCAGAGAUCCGACCCAUUCCAUGGAUUGAAGGCAAAGAGCUUCCUCCAGAGAAGUCGACAGAGAGCCUGCGAACCCAAACACGAGGUGGAUAUCUACUUUCAACUCGGGGAAAUAUACAAACCCCCCCAUGUACAAGAUGCGCCACGGGUGGUGGGCAAACACCUUCUGCCAUAAAAGGUCGCCGCGACAGCAUCAAACAACCACCUUCGAACAAACCUCAAGCUUCGAACGGCACAAAGCGCAAGCAAUCUGAAAUGGCAGAUGUUGUAGAAAAAUCUCCUAUGCUCCCAAAUGUACAAGAUCCAAUUGCUCUUGACUCGUCAAUAAAACUCAGUCCCAAUUCGUUCGAUCCAAGUCAAAUGAUCACUCAGUUCCGUAACACUUACCAAUCUCCGUAUACAUCCAAUAAUAUUCAGCAACAGCCACAAAAGAACUUACAACCAGUAUCACACACUUCCACAUCACAGAAAUCGUCACAUACACCGUCCCUUAAGAAGAGUUUGGUCAAUGUCGGAACGGGACAGUCGAUGAACAAUAAUAAUGGUGGGACAAAGUCACAACGGAUUCUCUUGUCCCCAACGCCUCCUAUCGCAAGUACAAAUAAUGCCCGCGCGCCAAUUGCACCUACCGAGCGUUUAUCAGACACCUUGUUUGAUAAUCUUCCUAGGAAAAAACAGAAACAAAUAUUUGGCAUUAUUGGUGGAAUCCAAAGCGGCAUCAGAAUUGUACGUCAGCAGGCGGAUCAGUUACAGAACCAGCUGGACCUCCUUCAAUCCGCGUUAGGUAUAGACUCUGAAGAUGGCAUAAAUGAUUGA